UGCACCGACAUUAAAACGAGUUUACAGAUUAUUUGUCCGUGCGCGUGAGGAGCGUGUACGAGGACCCCGUCGACAUGGCACGGAUAACCGUUUCCUCCAGCUGAACACAUCGCGUGUCCAAGGAGUUUUUUGGGCUUAUUCCCGACACGUUUAAAUGGAUGCAACAUGGGACGCUUUUAAGAGGAUUUAUAUGGUCGAACCGCAUCUGCAUUUGUCCGAUCGAGAGUAACUUGGAUUGGCGCUUGGAGACAUUUGCGCAUAGAAAAACAACGCAUGAUGUGAAAAGGAAAACACCACUAUUAUUCCUUGAGAUUUCCAACCCAGCAUACAGAGUGCCAAACUUCCAGCGUGCCGACUGCUUGUCUUCAGCCUGUGGGGCCGUGGCUCUCCAGACAGGUCAAAGGUCAUCUGCAAAAUGAUGCCAACCGGCCACCUGCCCUACCUGUCCACCUUGCUCUCCCUGAGCGCCCUGCUGCUCUCUCCGCUGCUUACCGGAUCACUGGCCUUAUCUCCUCCCAGGUUUACAAAAGUACCCGUGGACAUGAUUGGUGUCUCUGGUGGUGUUGUGUCAUUCGUAUGCCAAGCCACAGGUGACCCCAAACCAAGAGUAACCUGGAACAAGAAAGGAAAGAGGGUCAACUCGCAACGCAUCGAGACAAUAGAAUUUGACGAAGGUGCGGGAGCCGUUUUGAGGAUCCAGCCUCUCCGAGCGCCGCGAGACGAGAACAUCUACGAGUGUGUGGCGGAAAACAGCGAAGGAGAAAUCAAUGUCCAAGCUAAGCUGUCGAUCAUUAGAGAGGAUCUACUUCCUGCGGGCUUCCCUAACAUUGACAUGGGCCCUCAGCUGAAAGUGGUUGAGCGUACACGCACAGCGACCAUGCUCUGCGCUGCCAGCGGUAACCCUGACCCAGAAAUCACCUGGUUCAAAGACUUCCUCCCCAUCGACCCCAGCACGAGUAACGGGCGUAUCAAACAGUUAAGAUCAGAGGGUACUCCUAUCCGAGGUGCCCUUCAGAUCGAAAACACAGAAGAAACGGACCAGGGGAAGUACGAGUGUGUGGCGUCUAACGUGGAAGGCGUCCGAUACUCUUCCCCUGCCAACCUGUAUGUGCGAGUUCGACGCGUGCCCCCACGAUUCUCCAUCCUCCCUACGAGCCACGAGAUCAUGCCAGGUGGUAGCGUCAACAUCACUUGCGUCGCUGUGGGCUCACCCAUGCCCUACGUCAAGUGGAUGCUUAACUCUGAGGACCUGACACCUGAAGAUGAGAUGCCAGUAGGAAGGAACGUUCUGGAAUUAAAUGCCAUCCGCGAGUCGGCCAACUAUACCUGUGUGGCCAUGAGUAGCCUGGGCAUCAUCGAGGCUGUGGCUCAAAUCAUCGUCAAGUCAUUGCCGAAACCUCCUGGUACACCUGUCGUAACAGAAACUUCCGCCACCAGUAUCACCAUCACUUGGGACAGUGGCAACCCUGAGCCAGUCUCACAUUACAUCAUCCAGUAUCGUGCCAAGUCUCCCGAGAGCAAGUUUGAGACUGUGGACUCCAUCACAACCACUCGUUAUAGUAUUGGAGGACUUUCUCCGAACACAGAUUAUGAGAUCCGGGUGUCAGCCUUCAAUACUAUUGGCCAGGGCCCACCCAGUGAACCGGUUGAGGCUAGAACUGGGGAACAAGCUCCUGCAAGCCCACCAAGAAAUAUCCAAGCCCGUAUCAUCUCCCAGAACACCGUGAUGGUGCGCUGGGAUGAACCCGAGGAACCCAAUGGACAGAUCAAGGGUUAUCGGGUCUACUAUACCAUGGAUCCGUCUCAACCCAUGAGCAUGUGGCAGAUCCACAAUGUCCAGGACAGUGUGAUCACCACCAUUCAGAGUCUGGUGCCCUCAGAGACCUACACCAUCAGAGUGUUGGCCUUCACGUCAGUAGGAGAUGGACCCUUCUCAGAUCCCAUUCAUGUCAAAGUGCUUCAAGGAGUUCCUGGACAGCCAACCAACUUCCAGGUUGGUGAGGUUUCAGACACAAGCAUUAAGCUAACAUGGGAACCAGCCUUCGAGAAAGAGGGAAUCAUCAAUUACGAACUGUUUUACAAAGAGGGCAAUCAAGGACUUCAGGUAAAGAAAAUAUUUGGUCCGACAUCUUCCUAUGUGGUGGAGAGUCUGCGGGCAAAUACAGAGUACUACUUCUCUCUGGCCGCCGUCUCCAACAAAGGCAUUGGAGCCUUCACCAAUGAAAUAUCCCAAAGGACUUCACAAGCCAAGCCCUCCGCCCCCCCUCAAGACAUUAAGUGCACCAGCUCUAGCUCCACCACCCUGCUGGUAAGUUGGCGCCCUCCGCCCGCUGAGAGCCAGAACGGGGUGCUGGCCGGGUACAUAGUGCGCUACGUGGUGGUGGGGGCCGGGGCAGAGGUCAGCACGGAGCCCGUGGAGGAGCCGGCAGUACCGCCAACCUCCAGCCAGAUUCAGCUGCAGCGGUUGGAGAAAUGGACCAUGUAUCGAGUCACCGUGGCGGCCACAACCAGUGUGGGUCCGGGCCCUGAGAGCCAGCCUCUGCUCUGCCGCACAGACGAAGAUGCUCCCUCCAAUUCCGGGGCCCCACCUCGGCGCGUGGAGGUAGAAGUUCUCAACUCCACCGCCAUCAAGGUGAUGUGGCGCACCCUGUUGCAAGGGAAACAGCACGGGCAGAUCCGCGGCUACCAGGUGCACUAUGUCCGCGUCGAGAACGGCGAAUCCCGUGGCCUGCCCCACAUCAAGGACGUCAUGCUAGCCGAUGCACAGGAGAUGGUCAUCGGGGGCUUGCAACCUGACACCACCUACUCCAUCACCGUGGCAGCCUAUACCACCAAAGGAGACGGUGCCCGCAGCAAACCCAAGCUGGUGGUGACUAAGGGAGCAGUGCCUGGGCUUCCCUUUCUCUCAGUCAACCAAAUCUCUGAGUCUUCUGCAUUAGUACACUGGCAGCCACCGGAGUUCUUCGCUCCAGGUCUCGAGGUCCAGGGCUAUCGGCUACAGUUCGGCCGAAAGGACAUAAGCCCUUUGGCCACACUGGAAUUCAGUCCUCAGGAACUAGAAUAUUCCAUUAGCAAUAUCCACCGAGGGGCCACGUAUAUCUUCAAAGUCUCUGCCAAGUCAAAAUCGGGAUUUGGCGAAGAGGCUACAAGAGAGCUAAGCAUCCCAGAGGAGGUACCUCGAGGGUACCCUCAAAUAACCGAAGGAUCCAACAUUACCUGCUGCUCCCUUCAGUUCUCCUGGCUCCCUCCAGUGCUAGCCGAACGCAACGGCGAUAUAACGGAAUACACGCUGGCGUUCCAAGAGGCCGGUACUGCAGGUGGACCAAAGGAAUUGCGUCUGCCAGCAAGCGAGAAUAGCUACACCCUCAACAGCCUGAGGCCCAACUCAGUGUACGACGUGAAAAUUCGAGCACACACCAGUGUAGGUCCAGGGCCCUACAGCCCGUCGAUCCAGUAUCGAACAGUGGCCUUCAAAGCAGAUGUUCCCAAGAAUUUCACAGUGAAGCUGGUUACAAAGACGACGGCAUUGCUCACCUGGAAGUUUUCCGAUAGUCGUUCUCCGCACCACUGCAACAUUGAAUACAAUCGACAAAAGGUCGCCGUUGACGCUAGGAUGACCAAAACUCUUAUUUCCAACCUGCGGCCCAACACCACCUAUGAGUUCAGAAUCACGUGCCAGGAGAGCAGCGAGGGUGGACCCAAACACAAGCUUGUCGCCAGAACAGCCCCACCUAUCCUGGUCCGAAAGCCUGAGUUGGACCUGAAAAGAGAGCCAGACAGCACCUUGACCAUUCUCUUCCCACCACUAGAAACCAAAGACAUGAUCAAGGCCAUCUAUGUUGUGGUCGUUCCACUGAAGAAGGGUAGAGGACCAGUCAGACAGAUUAAAACUCCUGAUGAGCUGGACCUUGAAGAGAUUUUGGGCGAGAGAAGGCUCAGUCAGCGCCAUGCCCGCACCACCCGUCAACUCAAGCAGGUGGAUGGUAAGAGGCCCUACAUCGCUGCCAGCUUUAAGCCUUCAUCCAUGCCAUCAUCAUUCACCCUGGGCAACCAAAUGGUGUACAGUGGCUUUGAAAACAGGGCAUUGGAUCCUGGGCAGGAGUAUGUCUUCUUCAUCCUAGCCGAGCUCAACAUCACCGGAGGGAAAACGUUUGCGUCCAGCCCAUACACGGACCCGAUCACAGCCCCUGACGUGGAUCCUCAGCCAAUGGAGACGGGAGGAGAUGGCCUUAUCUGGGUGGUGGGACCCGUUCUUGCCGUAGUAUUCAUAAUCUGUAUCGUGAUUGCGAUUCUUCUCUACAAGAACAGCAAACGGAAAGAGUCAGAGCCACGUACGAAAUGCUUGCUGAAUAACGCUGAUAUCACCCCGCACCACCCAACGGACCCCGUAGAGAUGAGACGCAUCAACUUCCAAACUCCAGAUUCUGGUCUGAGCAGCCCACUCAGCGAAGGCAGUUUUGACUACGAAAGUAUGAUGAACCACCCUCCCAUACCUGUCGCAGAGCUGGCCGAGCACACGGAGCUACUGAAGGCCAACGACAACCUGAAGCUCUCCCAGGAGUAUGAGUCCAUCGAUCCGGGCCAGCAGUUCACCUGGGAACAUUCCAACCUGGAGGUCAAUAAACCCAAGAACCGCUACGCCAACGUCAUCGCCUAUGACCACUCCCGUGUAAUCCUGGCUCCCAUUGAAGGUAUCACAGGCAGUGAUUACAUCAACGCUAACUACAUCGAUGGCUACAGGAAGCAGAACGCAUACAUAGCCACACAGGGACCACUGCCCGAGACAUUCGGAGACUUUUGGAGGAUGGUGUGGGAGCAACGAGCUGCUACGGUUGUCAUGAUGACAAGACUGGAGGAGAAGUCAAGGAUAAAGUGCGAUCAGUACUGGCCCAGUAGAGGGACGGAGACCUACGGUAUGAUUCAAGUGACGCUCCUGGACACCAUCGAACUCGCUACGUUCUGUGUGCGCACCUUCUCCCUACACAAGAACGGAUCCAGUGAAAAGCGAGAGGUGCGACAGUUCCAGUUCACCGCCUGGCCAGACCACGGCGUUCCAGAGUACCCCACCCCAUUCCUGGCCUUCCUCAGGAGGGUGAAGACUUGCAACCCACCCGAUGCCGGCCCCAUCAUCGCCCACUGCAGUGCUGGUGUUGGUCGUACAGGCUGCUUCAUUGUGAUUGACGCUAUGUUGGAACGCAUAAAACACGAGAAGACGGUGGACAUCUAUGGUCAUGUGACACUCAUGCGCUCACAGAGGAACUACAUGGUGCAGACAGAAGAUCAGUACAGCUUCAUCCACGAUGCCCUGCUGGAGGCCGUUGCCUGCGGCAACACGGAGGUGGCGGCGCGAAGCCUCUUCUCCUACAUCCAGAAGCUUGCUCAGGUGGAGGCCGGAGAGCAUGUCAGCGGCAUGGAGCUGGAGUUUAAGCAUUUGGCGAACUCUAAAGCUCACACGUCUAGAUUUAUAAGUGCCAAUCUGCCAUGUAACAAGUUUAAAAACCGCCUGGUCAACAUCAUGCCGUACGAGACCACUCGAGUCUGCCUGCAGCCAAUCAGAGGCCUGGAGGGAUCCGACUACAUCAAUGCCAGCUUCAUCGAUGGAUACAGACAACAGAAGGCUUAUAUUGCCACACAAGGCCCAUUAGCAGAAACCACCGAGGACUUCUGGAGAAUGAUGUGGGAGAACAACUCCACAAUCGUGGUGAUGCUCACCAAACUGAGAGAAAUGGGCCGAGAAAAGUGUCAUCAGUACUGGCCCGCAGAGCGUUCUGCUAGAUAUCAGUACUUUGUGGUGGACCCCAUGGCGGAGUACAACAUGCCACAGUAUAUCCUCAGAGAGUUUAAAGUGACUGAUGCUCGGGAUGGCCAAUCCAGGACUGUACGCCAAUUCCAGUUCACCGAUUGGCCGGAACAAGGUGUGCCCAAGUCUGGAGAGGGCUUCAUAGAUUUUAUUGGGCAGGUGCAUAAAACCAAGGAGCAGUUUGGGCAGGACGGGCCUAUUUCUGUCCACUGCAGUGCUGGUGUGGGGCGAACUGGCGUCUUCAUCACACUAAGCAUCGUGCUAGAGAGGAUGCGCUAUGAAGGAGUGGUAGACAUCUUUCAGACGGUCAAAAUGCUGCGAACGCAACGACCAGCAAUGGUACAAACAGAGGAUGAGUAUCAGUUUUGCUACCAGGCGGCUCUGGAGUACCUUGGAAGUUUUGAUCACUAUGCAACGUAAAAAGCCAUUUUGUUGCCCUUACCCCACAACCCUCAUCCCCCCACAGCCUCCUGAGCCAUAGAAACUUGCUUGAAAAAAAUGAAACAAUGACAACUAUUCAAAAUUCGAAUAAAGACAAGUUUAACAACAGGACCUAUUCAAAAAAUCGUCUUUUUGGAACCAGUCAAAAUGGCAUUGUGAGUAAUUCCAAUUGGACAGCAACACUAGAAAAGCACGCAAAAGGAUCCCACUAGAAACAAAUCCCUCUACAUCCCAAAUUUGUGAGGAGGAAACAAACAUAUUGGCUCUGGCUGCAGGGUGGGAAUGAUCUAGGUGUCGGACCACUAACCUUACCUCAAGUGUUCUGAUGUUGAGGACAUAUGUUGUUUCUUUCCAAACUUACUCUAUGAAUAUUACAAAACAAACAGUAAAAUGAAGGAAAACUCAUUGGCCAAAUGCAGGAGUUAAAACUUGUCCACAAUUAAACAAAAUUUAUAGAUGUUAGCAGCUGAAACUGGUUGGGUAAUUGCUUGACCUUCCGGUUGGUUGGUUGAAUUGCUAAUCCUUCCUCGUUUGCCAGGAUGGAAAUAAGCAGAUGCGCAGUUUCCAAAUCUUCACCAACGUUUCCAAUGAAAGGAUAUCUGUAAGUCUAACUGUGGACCUCUUUGACGUCUUGGAGAGUCUACUCAAGCAGCCAUCUUUGGAGAAGUUGGGGCAUGGGUAGAAACAAGUUGUAAAAGACUUCUUGUGCUGCUCAUGUCUUGGGUUAUUUCCUAAGCCUCUCCUAGUGACAUGUUGCGAUCCAGACAAAAUUGGGAGCCACUUAAGAAGCCAUUCAAGGCAAACCGUUCAUCCACUUGAAGAAGUAACUCUCCACUCGAAACCACUGGAGCUGACAAGAAUCCCCAAUGAGAGAGAACCAAUCAAGGCAUUGGGGCGUUCAAGGAAAUGGUUGCGUACCAUUUAAAUUGGACCACUUACCGCAUCAGUUUCCCUUGCAGGUGCAGACAGAUAGUCUGUGAUUUUGAAGACAUCCUAGCAAAGGUUUCUGGCAGAAUAGCACCAUCCUCCUGUUGGCCAAUGGGAGCAUGAACUUAGGCAAGAAACAUCUGUUGUUACCUGCAGAUUUGGACCAGAGGAACCACCAACAAACUCUCGAGUUUCUUUGGCGACUUCAACUGUUACAUUUGGACUGGUUUCUCCGUUGGCAUGCACCGUGGAUUUGGCACAAUUGCCACCAGAUUAAGGAUUUGUGGGUACUUCUUUCUUUUGGUACUUUGGCAUCCCCAGUGACCAAUGUUCAUUGCCAUCUUUUCAAGUGAUUUUUUUUUUGUCUUACAACUGUUUUUUCAUUUUGUUUCACUCUCUAAACCAAACAUGCUGCUUUCGCUCCAUUAUGCUGUAUGUGUACAUGUGAAGAUUUCAAUCUAAUGGAAAGGAUAUGACGUGAGUGAAUGAAAGUGUGAGCCUGUGUAUUGGUCCCACCUUUCCAUCCAUUUCUUGACACCCCCAACGAUCUUCUAAAGAAUGAUACCAUGUUACUGCCCUGUUAAAAUCCAACGGUUAAAUAUUCUCAAAAUAGGAUUUCAUCAUCAUGGCUAUCAACCCAUCCCUUGGAUAUUUUAUGAUCGGUUUGUUUUGGGGAGAUCUGCGGAUUUUGGCUAACAGGCAAGAAACGGGCAAUCAUGAUGCAUUUGCGACAUGAACAUUUCUGUACAACCAACUUGAAUCUUCAAAUGUGUUGUUGUGGGUGGGACUAUUCUACACGCUCAUGCUUAUGCUAAUGAGGGGGAGGAGUCUCCUCACCACUGAUUAGCUAUGCUUGAGAGUGCUUGAACGUGUUCUGAUUGGUGAGAGGAUGAAAGGAGUCGUGUGUAUUUCCAAAAAAGCCUUAUUCUUGUAACAUCAUAUGAAAAAAAUAUAUACAUUGAUGUUGUAUUAUUUUGAUUAUCUUAGACAUUUGAUUUCUUGGCUUAUUUUUUUUUUUUUACAAAGAUAUUGUACUCAUUUUUUUAAUCUGCAAAAAAAAUAAUAAUGCUCAUUUUGCUCAUAUUAUGUUAAAAGACAUUCUAUUUUUUCACUGUAUAAAUGUUACAUGAGAUGUGUUUGUGUGUAUGUACACAUAAAAGAAUGGGACGUGAAUGUAUACAUACACCCUCACAUAUACAGUAUAUUUAAAUGCAGAAUAUAAAGAUGUAUCCAAAUCGUAAUAUGAAUAGCCUUUUUAGUUUGUUUGUUUUUUUUAAAGCGGGCUCUUCUUUGUUUAUACCACCAUGAAACGAUGAAUCGCUUGUAUGAAGUCAUGCAUUUAUAUAAGUCGAGGAAAUGCAUUUUAAGAAAUGCAGAAUUUUUCAGGCAAAGGGUCAAAAAGCCUUCGACUUCCUGUCGCCCCACAACAAAUUACGAUUUCCAUUACCAUUGUUAUCCAGCGGUAGUGCUAGUUUUAACUAAAGUAUUACUUUUUUUAAAUGUGUCAAAUUGGAAAUGCACAAAAUACAAUUAUCUACAUUUAACUUGCAAAUUAAGAAAAAAUGAAUUUUCUUUCAUUUCGCCCAUCUUUAUAGCAUUUUCAUUUACGUUUUUGUAUGUCUUUUGGGGAAAAAAAAUCAUUUUUCAAUCCACAGAAUGUUCGGUUGUUUGUUAGAUAUCAGAUAUGAUCCUGAAUAUAAGGCCUGUAAAUAAACAAAUAUAUAUAUUAUAUGUAUUUGUAUAAACUGACCCACAAGAUUUGUCUUUGAACAUAACUGAGAUUAAAAAAAAUUGUUAUUGUUAAUGGAAAAACCUUCCACAGUUUUGAAAGAAGCUUUGUCUCACACUACCAUAUUUUUAUCUCUUGAUUUUGUUUUUUUCCCCACAUUUUAUCUUAAGCCCAGUGGUGAGAGGAAUAACUAGAGUUCUCCUAUUGCCAUGAGUCUUUGGGCGUCGAUUUUAUUUGUCAUUGUUGUAAUCAGGGCUGGACUGGGAAGAUAAAUCGGCCCGGCAUUUUACAUGGCAACUGGCCCAAAACUUGUUGAGCGGGGGGGUUUUGUUGUCCGUUAUGCAUCUGUUUAUCUUAUCAUGGCCCAUUGGGCACAUUUCGCGGCCGACCCACCAGCCGCUCAGUUCUCCCGAUGGCCAGUCCGCUCCUGAUCCACCCCAAAGUGCGUCUGCCCACCGGGAAAAUGCCCGGUAUGCCAGAUUACCAGUCCAGCCCUGGUUGUAAUUUAAAGGAUGGAGCGAUCUAAUCUAAAAGGGUUAAUCUCACGAAAACAUGUCCAGGUCACAUUUCACCCCAAACCCCAAAGACAAAAAGAUAGAAUUGAUAUUUUGCAUCAAGAAAAUGAAGACCAUUAAGAUUGUUUGUAUUGUGGCAUUGUUUUCAUGAAAGUAAAGCUCAUUUACCACCUAAUUCUCAUUACUGUAAGCCAUCUUCAUCAUUCACUACAGUAAAAUUACUAUAAUGCAAUGAUUUGUUUUUUUGGUUUAAAUCAGCAUAAAAGGAGCAUAUAAAUACUUAACAAUUUUAAUAUAUAUUUUUUGACUUUAGAGUCAUGAGGUUUUUAGCAUCACGCUAAUGAGAAAUGGAGUGAAAAUGUGCGUAUGUGGCAUAAAAACAAUGUCACGAUAAAAACAAUCUUAACAGUACAAAAAAUAUGCAUCAUUUUAUUCAUUUAAAAUGUGAUUUCUCAUCAAUUAUGACUGGCUUCACCCAAAAAAAUAACCCUCUUUUUACCCCUACCAAGACUAGAGCAGACAACCCCUUACUUCGCUAGCUGAUUUAGCAUUUUAUCUCAUUCCGAGUGAUUUUGUUGUUUUAUUUGGAUGAUCAAACAAGGGCUUGCAUGCCCAGUGCCUAUAAAAUGCCAUAUGAACCGUGGGAACAAAUUGCCUUGAAUGGUUGUGUGUUUGGUGAUUGGCUUUACUACAUCUUAGCUAGCUAGCAUAGAAACACGAUAAAACAGGCUCCUCACUCACCACUGCCCGUGUUCCAUAUUUUAUCUCAUUUUUCUUUUUAAGUCAUAAUCGGUAGGUUAUUACAAAGCUCUAGAUGUUUACAGAUGCAUGCCAUGUUUAGUUUCUACUUUUGUUUUGAAGUUUUUACUCCGGGGAUAUUUUGUUGAGGGAAGAGAGCCGAGAGAACUUGGAAUCUGGAAAUUCCAGCGCUGCCUUUUAAACUGUUGGGAGUUUUGUGUGUUUCUAACUAACUUUUCCUUGGGAAAGCAAAGGACACUUGUGCAAUUGGACGUUAUGGACUGGUCAUCUACAAUGGCAGAGGUGCUUGGAAGUUUCAACAACGUCUAAACGUUUUGUCCUAACGUAUGGAACGUAAGGACCUCGGACAAAAGGAACCAAACUAACAAAACAUUGGGGUUAACGUAUUAGGGUACAUAAAAUGAAGAACCAAUAUACAAAAAUUAAACGUAUUAACACAAUGGCCAACAAAAAAAAGAAGAGAAAAAAGCCAAAUGUGAAAAUAGUUUUUCUUUGUACGAAGGCCAAGUGAUAUCGCUUUCAAACUGUUACUUCUGACGGACACAAUAAUUGGUUUGAAACCACUGUGUAUGUAGAUAUGUUGACUUUGUAUUAAAGAAAUGUUGUCUGAAAA